UCACCUCUCCCUCUCCCUCCUCCACCUCUCCCUCUCCCUCCUCCCCUCCCUCUCCCUCCUCCCCCUCCCUCUCCCGGGCCCUUCUCUCUGAGUAUGCUGCUCUCCCACUCUGCAGUGUCUCCUCCCAAUCGCUCCUCCUCUUCUCCCUCAGCUUCACCUUUCCUCACUCCCCCUCUCCCUCCUCCUCCUGUUCUUCCUCCUUCCUCCUCCUGCUCCUCCUCCUCCUCUCCCCCUGCU